AUGGCGGCGGGGCCGGUGCUGCUGCUGCUGCCGCUGCCAUUGCUGCUGCUGCCAUUGCUGCUGCUGGAGCCGGCGGGCGCCGUGUGGCCUCAGCCCCAAGUCCAGCGCUCCAAACCGGGCGGCGCCCGCUGCCCGCUGCCUCCCCGCCGGUUCCGCUUCGCCUACGCCGCCGGCUCGGCCGUGGGUCCGGGCUGCGCCGUGCUGGAGGCGGCCUUCCAGCGCUACUGGGCGCUGCUCUUCGCUGCCGCCCGCCCGACCGAGAAUGAGCCUCCCUGUGAGACACCCUGCACUCAGCUCCUCAUCUCUGUUGACACCCCAGGCUGUGAUGGCUUUCCCAGCCUGGACUCCAAGGAGAGCUACCAGCUCUCUAUCUCGGAAGGCUCCAUGCUGCUCUCUGCGGACGCCGUCUGGGGAGCCCUCAGAGGGCUGGAAACCUUCAGCCAGCUCGUUGGGAGAGAUGAGAAUGGCAUGUACUACAUCAACCAGACGGAAAUUGUGGACUUCCCUCGCUUCCCUCACCGGGGCCUGUUGCUGGACACCUCUCGUCACUACCUGCCUCUGAGAGCCAUCCUGGAAACUCUGGAUGUCAUGGCUUACAACAAGUUCAAUGUGUUCCACUGGCACAUUGUGGAUGACCCAUCCUUCCCCUACGAGAGCUUGACCUUCCCUGAGCUCAGCAAGCAGGGAGCCUUCAACGCCAUGACUCACGUGUACAGCGCCAGCGACGUGCAGAGGGUGCUGGAGCACGCCCGGCUGCGCGGCAUCAGGGUCCUCCCCGAGUUCGACACUCCCGGCCACACCCUCUCCUGGGGCCCUGGUGCUCCAGGCCUCCUGACUCCCUGCUAUUUGGGCAAGAGUCCUUCUGGGACCUAUGGGCCCAUCAACCCCAUCCUUAACAGCACCUAUGAGUUUGUGAGCAGCUUGUUUAAGGAGGUCAGCACUGUGUUCCCAGACUUCUUUCUUCACCUUGGUGGUGAUGAGGUGGACUUCACUUGCUGGAAAUCCAAUCCCCAAAUUGGUGCUUUCAUGAAGGAGAUGGGCUUUGGGGAAGACUACAAGAAAUUAGAGUCAUACUACAUCCAGAGGCUUCUGGACAUCGUUUCUUCCAUUGGCAGAGGUUCCAUAGUGUGGCAGGAGGUGUUUGAUAAUGGGGUGAAGGUGAGGCCAGACACCAUCAUCCACGUGUGGAAGGAGAGCUCCCUGUCCUACCUGGAGGAGCUGGCCAAUGUCACCAGGGCAGGCUACCCAGCCCUGCUCUCUGCCCCGUGGUACCUCAACCGCAUCUCCUACGGGCAGGACUGGAUGGCAGCCUACCAGGUGGAGCCCUUGAAGUUCAAAGGCAGCCCUGAGCAGAAGGAGCGGGUGAUCGGCGGAGAGGCCUGCAUGUGGGGAGAGUAUGUGGACGUCACUAACCUCACCCCCAGGCUCUGGCCGAGAGCUGGGGCCGUAGCCGAGAGACUGUGGAGCAAUGCAACCGUCAGGGACCUGCAGGAUGCCUACCUGCGGCUGGCCGACUUCCGCUGCAAGCUCCUCGGGCGUGGUGUCCAGGCACAGCCUCUCUACACAGGAUACUGUGAGCAUGAAUUUGGUGGGUUCUGA